UGUAUCAGAUAAUUACCGCCUGGUAGUCUGGCAGUCAACAGUAUUGUAUAUAUACCAAACUCCAUUAUCUCUCGCUCGCUUUUACUUCUUCUCCGGGUAGUUGCACACAUCAUCAUCAUGCAACACGGUUUACAAGUUCUGGUUUUCGCAGCUGUCGUUGUGUCCACAUUAGCUGUUGACUGCAGCACCCAACAAGAUGGUAUUUAUGAGAUAGGAUGCAGAUCCUUUGCUAGGUGUACGGGCGCAAAAGUCACCAUUGUAGACUGUGAUAAGGGAAUGGUCUACAACAACGCGACAGGAAGCUGUGACGAUCCUCACAAUGUUGCACCACCCUGUGGCGUCAUGAAGGACUGCUCCAAUCAAAAGGACGGUAAAUACGCGGAUAUGGACCAACACUGUCACAGUUAUUACACAUGCUUUGAUGGAAAAUUUCUCGGACAUAACCCUUGUCCAUCAACUUUGGUUUUCAAUGAAGAACUACAGACAUGUGACUGGGCAGCUAACGUGAAUCCCCCUUGUGGCACAAACAAACCAUAAUGGUGCAAUGCCGUUCAUGAAAACUUUCUUCAAAUAUUCUGACAGUGUUUAAAUGGAAUGGGAAUACCUAUGUAUUCCAAUGGAUGAAGAAGAAGUGAUCCAUUUCUAGUUUAAUUGUUGUAUAUGCAUGUUUUUGUUUCCUAUUAAGAGGUAUUUAUUAGCGUGUUGUGUAUACAAAAUUAAACAUCUAAAACGUUU